AUGUUUCCCAUUGAUUGGGUGUGCGCUACUGCUCGCUUGGAACCUAUAGAUUAUGUUCGAAAGCCACAGGUUAUCCUACGCUUAAUUAUUGUGAUAUUAGCAGUUGUCAAUAUUGCAAUUGUACAUAACGGCUGCUAUAUUUAUGGGAAGUGCUUGUUUAAUGAAGAUCAGGCAUCUUGUGGAUAUAGUUUGCUUCUUUCUUCGUCAACAUUUAUUCUUUGCCUCGCCUAUCUUUGGUUGGAUUUAAUAGUGGACAAUGUUUCGAGCAUUGACAUACGUUUGCGAAUCGCUAAAUUUGACGUAGUAUUGUCAGGUAAUUCUUAG